AUGUAUAAAAUGGAAUACUCUUACCUCAAUUCCUCCGCCUACGAGUCGUGUAUGGCUGGGAUGGACACGUCCAGCCUGGCCUCGGCUUACGCGGACUUCAGCUCCUGCAGCCAAGCCAGCGGCUUCCAGUAUAACCCCAUCAGGACCACUUUCGGGGCCACCUCUGGGUGCCCGUCCCUCACGCCCGGAUCCUGCAGCCUGGGCACUCUUAGAGACCAUCAGAGCAGUCCCUACGCGGCAGUCCCCUACAAGCUCUUCACCGACCACGGAGGGUUGAACGAGAAAAGAAAGCAAAGGCGUAUCCGGACCACCUUCACCAGCGCCCAACUCAAGGAACUGGAGAGGGUAUUUGCAGAGACCCACUAUCCCGACAUUUACACCAGGGAGGAGCUGGCCUUAAAGAUCGACCUCACGGAAGCCAGAGUUCAGGUCUGGUUCCAGAACCGCCGGGCGAAAUUCCGCAAGCAGGAGCGGGCGGCGGCGGCAGCGGCGUUUCUGCAAAUUUACCAUCCUUAUGUAAUUGAUGUGCAGGGGAUGUUUACAGGUAAACUUAUUCUGUGUCCAAAAUGA